CUCACUUAAUUUAUUCACACGUGGCAAUAAAAUUUUUUUAUUAAUUGAACAUAUAUGGAUAGUAUAUCAGAAGUGCACGAUUCAAAAUAUGUGUGCAGAGUACCCGAAGGAUUACACGAACUAUGUAAAGAUAUUUCUCACAAGGUUCUACGUACUCAGCCAACAAAUAUUUAUCAUUUUAUCGCUGAUUAUGUUGACACACUUUUAAUUACACGAGACAAUACCAAGGUGGCAAUUAAUGUUGUUAAUAAUAUUGUGGAGAGCAGUGAAUUUAUUAUUAAUACUCUACAGUCUAUGGGAGUUGAUUUUAAACGAAUUUCUGCUGUAGCCCCAAAACUUCAACAAGCAUUCCGUGAUUAUUUGGAUGCCGAUAAUGAGUCAGAUGAUGACAAUAUAAUAUCCAUACGGAAUAUUCUUGAGAAUACUAGUGUUUCAUUCGAUGAAGCUCAAAAUGCCGCAAUUAUUAUUCAAACAGCCUUCAGAAAUUAUCGUCAAAGAAUGAUAGGCAACGUAGUAAAUAAUAAAAUACCAGACCAAAAUGCAACAAUAAACAGAAUUGAAACUCAGGUGAUUUAUCAAAGGAAGUAAAAGAAGUUAUUACUCUUAUAGAGCCAACAUACCAAAGAUAUUUUUAAAAUGAAAAUGAUAAAAUUGAAUUUGAAGGUAAAGAUUUAAAUAAAUAAAAAAAACUGCAAGAGAUUACUAUGGGAAAUAAAUUGAAUUUUUUUUCAUAAUUCGCGAGGGAAUUAAAAUAAGAUUUUAAUUAUUAUUGGCAGUAGAUGAAAGAAAUGAAAAGAACGUUGUAAUAAAAAAAGAGUUUUCUCAACUGGAUAAAAAUAUUCAUGCAAGCGUUUCAUUUAAUAUCAUUCCUAAGUAUCGUGAUAAAAUAUAUGCCGGUGCCAAUCAAGCGGCGCUAAUUAUUCAGAGCUUUUAGAAGACAUCGAACCCGACGAAACCUUUCUAAAUCUAAAAGCUCAAUGUCUACGAACUCAGUGGUCGCUGGAGCGAUUCUCAAUAACUUAAACUCAAGAAUAUUUGAGGAAAUUCUCUUACGUGAAAAUAUUUCAAAGAAAUUCCAUUCUCAAGAUAAAAUUGCACGAGUGUCUGAACAACUUCGUGAUGCUUACAAAGAACGCUUCGAUUCGUUUAUAACAAAAAUAUGAAUCUGUGUCGUAAAUAAAAAUUCUU